CUUCAAUUAGGAACAAAUUCAUCCAGAGCUGCCUGAGCAAACUUGGGAAACCACUGCAAAUUCCAACGAGGCUUCCAUCCACACUGGCAAGAGAGGAACCAUGGCCAAGCGAGUGGCCAUCGUUGGGGCAGGCGUGAGUGGGCUGACCUCAAUCAAGUGCUGCCUGGAUGAGGGGUUGGAGCCCACCUGCUUUGAGAGGACCAGUGACAUUGGAGGAGUGUGGCGAUUCACGGAGAAUGUGGAGGAGGGAAGACCCAGCACCUACAAAUCUAUGGUCAGUAAUACGUGUAAGGAGAUGUCAGCCUUCACAGACUUUCCUUACCCAGAAGAUUUUCCAGUCUUUUUACCCAAUGCUUGGCUCCUGGAAUAUCUCCGUCUGUACACAAAACACUUUAAUCUCCGGAAGUAUAUUCAGUUCCAGACCACAGUGAUCAGCAUAAAGAAGCGCCCUGACUUCUCAACCAGUGGCCAGUGGGAUGUCAUCACAGAGACCGACAGGAAACAGAAGUCGGCCAUCUUUGACGCUGUGAUGGUUUGCAUUGGUUACCUCACUGAACCCUCGCUGCCCCUCAGUUCUUUCCCUGGUAUAGACAAGUUUAAGGGGCAGUAUUUCCACAGUCGGGACUACAAAACCCCAGGCGCAUUCACAGGUAAAAAAGUCCUUGUGGUUGGCAUGGGGAAUUCAGGAGUCGAUAUUGCCGUGGAAGCCUCUCGCAUCGCAAAAAAGGUGAUGAUCAGCACCCACAGAGGCGCUUGGGUGAUUAGUCGUGUGUUUGAUGAUGGCUACCCAUGGGACAUGGUGUUCCUCACUCGGUUUUUGAACAUUGUACGGAAUGCCCUCCCUGGUCGUGUAACUGGCUGGCUGAUUGCACACCGGGUGAACCAGUGGUUUAACCACACAAACUAUGGGGUAGUCCCAAAAGAGAGGUCUGUGAUGAGAGAGCCAAUACUGAAUGAUGAACUCCCUGGAUGCAUCAUCACUGGGAAGAUUUCCAUUAGGCCCGGUGUAGAGGAGUUCCAAGAAAACGCUGUCGUAUUCAAGGACGGUCAACACACUGAGGAAGUGGACGUUGUUGUCUUUGCCACUGGCUACAAAGCUUCUUUCCCUUUCAUCGAUGAGUCCAUCAUCAACGUUGAAAACAAACAUGCUUCCUUGUACAAAUACAUUUUCCCGCCUCGGCUGGAAAAGCCAACACUGGCCAUAAUAGGCUUCAUCAGGCCUUUCGGGGCAGUCAUGCCAGUUGUGGAAACCCAAGCACGCUGGGUCACCCGAGUCUUUAAUGGCUUGUGCAAGUUGCCUCCAGUGAACACCAUGAUGGAAGAGGUCAAUGAAAAGGAGAAAAACAAGAUCAACUGGUUCGGCUUGUCCUUUGACGAGGUUCUGAAAACAGACUGCCUCGUUUACAUGGACCAGCUGGCUUGCUCAAUUGGCAUAAAGCCCAGCGUGCCAGCUCUGCUUCUCAGCGACCCAAAACUGGCCAUGAAGAUCUUCUUUGGGCCUUGCUCCCCCUACCAGUACCGCCUGGUUGGACCAGGGAAAUGGGAUGGAGCCAGGGAUGCCAUCAUGAACCAGUGGGAGCGGACCAUGAAGCCCCUGAGAACCCGGGUGGUAGAAGACACGUCCAGUUUCAUUGCAUCCUUGCUGAAAGCUCUGGCCCUCUUUGCGGUGUUUCUUGGGAUUCUCUAUGGUUUCAAUUAGUUCCGACGGCUUUAUGGCUUGGCUCUCUGUCUUUCCAGAUACCUGCUUUCUGUCUAUGUCCGUCAUCUUGUAGAGGGGAAGAAGGAUGAAGGGGCUGUACAACCAGAAUUCA